CUAUAGCUGCCCACCACCUCCCUACCUGGCGAAAGUAUAAAAGGAUGGCUUGUUUGCAAUCCCAAACUCGCUCUGACUACGGUCACUAUCAUAACAGGGCCAAAAAUGAAAGUGAUUUUCGUUGCGUUGCUGCUGCUCCUGGUAAAGGAAGUACAAAACCAAAUGGUGUGUGACAGUGACUCUCAUGUAAAGCUAUCCGUUUUGAACGGGCUUCGCGAGCACCAUGUCAUGAAAGAGAUUCGAGUCCACGAGCUCAAAACAGAAGUAGAUGAAGCCCAAAAUAAAAUAAACGAAGCAGAAUCAGCGAUGCUUAAAAUGAAGAGAAAGAUAAACACAACACGUGAUGAAGCGGAUCAGAUCAAAACAAUGAUGGAAAAUAUGACGACACCACAACUGGAACAGCUCGAAGAGCUACAAAUCUGUUCAGAGGCUGGAUUUGUUGCUGACUGUUGCGAGAUAAAGAAAUUGUAUCCCUCUGCUCCAUCUGGGAUCUAUGCAAUCAAGGACCCUUGUGCCGGUGAUAAUCCCAUUUAGUUAUGCAAAACUAGCAGUUUACUGUGACAUGGAGACAGAUGGUGGAGGGUGGAUUGUAAUCCAACGACGUAAUGCCAGUAUGGGAUGGGUUAACUUCACCAGGAAUAUAUCAGACUACGAGAAAGGUUUCGGUGAUUUAGAUGGUGAAUUUUGGAUCGGACUCAAAGUUAUACAUGAGCUAACAAAUCAACAAGACAUGGCAUUGAAAAUGAAAGUUUGGAAUAGCAAUGGAAACUCAAUGAAUUGGAAUUAUCAAAGGUUCAGCAUAUACGAAAAACGCAAUAGAUAUGCACUUCAUCAAUUGAGUGGAAGCAGUGGAGAUGGUAGAUAUGAUGCUUUUGGUCAAACCAUAAACAGCGACACUGAUUUUAACACAUAUGAUUACUACAGACCUAGAUGGGGUAAUUGUGGCUACACCAGACAAAGUGGAUGGUGGUACUAUCGCGGUAACUGUAACAGUCAUUCAAAUCCCAAUGGUCGUCACCAACCAAGUGGUCGAUGUGGGAUAGAUCAGACUGGUGAGAGACUUGUGUGGAGGAUGUCUAGUGGAUAUCGUAUCUACACUCACUCGGAGAUAAAGAUUCGUCCACAAUCAUGCAACCUCAGUUAA